AUGGAUGCUUUUGAGAGAAAGUAUAGAUCACAUGGUGUUGAUUUUACUACGGAGGAGCCUGUUGAGAACAUUGGUACAAAGUUUGCUAGGGAAGCAGCUGAAAAGACUAAUGACUUAGCUGGUCAUGGUGUUGUACUUGCACAAGGUUUUAUUGAUGAGUGUGUCAAGGUUGUGGCUUCUGGUGCAAACCCUGUAUUGAUCUCUAAAGGCAUUGACAAGACAGAAAAGGCUUUGGUUCACGAGCUAAACCUUAUGUCUAAGAGCAGUAACGCAGGCAAUGACCCUGAAGCUGGAAGUGUGAUUGCUGAAGCAAUGAACAAAGUGGGCAAGAACGGUGUGGUGGACAUUGAUGAGGGCAAAAGCGCUGAGAAUAAGGUUUACGUAGUUGAAGGAAUGCAAUUUGAUAAUGGUUACAUGUCCCAAUACUUUAUAACGGACCUUGAGAGAAUGUGUGUGGAGUAUGAUAACUGCAAGUUGCUUCUUGUGGAUCAUAAGGUUUCCAAUGAAAGAGAGCUUGUUGAGUUUAUGGAGGAUGUAACUAGAGGUGGAGACCCAAUCAUCAUAAUCGCAGAAGACAUUGAACAAGAAGCUUUAGAUACUCUUGUUGUUAGAAAGUCUAGAGGCAAAUGGAACGUUGCAGCAGCUAAGGCUCCUGGUGGUUCUAGAGAGCUUAAGAGCCAAUACCUUGACGAUAUCGCCGUUAUAACUGGAGCAACUGUGAUAAGAGAGGAAGAUGGUCUUUCUCUGGACAAAGCUGGGAAAGAGGUUUUGGGUAAUGCUUAUAAAGUUGUCCUCACCAAGGAGAUGACAACCAUUGUGGGUGAUGGAACCACGAAGGAAGCAGUGAACAAGCGUGUUGCAGAGAUUAAGAAUCUUAUUGAGCAAGCGGAGCAAGGCUAUGAGAAGGAACAAUUGAACGAAAGACUUGCUAAGCUUUCUGGUGGAGUUGCUGUAAUUCAGGUUGGAGGAGAAACUGAGACUGAGCGCAGAGAAAAGAAGCUAAGGUUUGAAGAGGCUCUUAACGGUACAAAGGGUUCUGUUGAGGAAGGUGUAGUUGUUGGCGGUGGUUGUACCUUCCUUGGUCUUGCGGCCAAGGUUGAUCCCAUUAAGGAUACUCUUGAAAACGAGGAAGAGAAGGUUGGAGCAGACAUCGUUAAAAAGGGACUGAGUAGUGCUGGUGUGGAUGGAACCGUUGUGAGUGAGAAGGUUGUGAGAGGUUCCUUGGAACAUGCGGCCUCUGCUGCAAAGAAAUUCUUGGUGUCUGAGACCAAGGAGCCAGGAGCUAGCAACCCAAUGGACAUCUCUGGUUAGUCCAGAUAACAUCAAAACUCAUGUUUCUUUAUCACUGAAUCUCUUUUAACUUCUGUCUUGUUUCAGGGUGGUUACUGAGAUAGACAUG